GCAACAACGAGACGUCAAAGACUCUGUCAUGAAAGUCUUCCAGAAAUGCAUAAAAGGCUCGCUCCUGUCUCUGUCUGUAGAAGCUCUUGAACCUCCCUCCAUCCAACUCAAUAUCUUCGGCCUCUCAGCAAAGAAACCAAACCGGCAUCAAGCAACCUGCAUAGCUUCACUCUCAAGAUCAAUUUCUCCAUCUUUACCAAGCAAAAUGAAGUUCUUUGCCGCUGUCAGCCUUGUCUCAGGCCUCUUCGCAACUGCCGCCUCGGCCAUCGACCUGCACCUCGAGUAUGCGGGUGGCUGUAGCACCAGUGGCGGCGGGUUUAUCUGCUACAACUGGAAUCCCGACACUUGCUGCAGCGUCAACUCGGGUACCUAUUUCGCCAGCGGCUCGUUCAGGGCUAUCCCGAGCAACUGGAACAUCCAGGCCCGUGGCCACGCCGGGCCCAACUGCGGCUCCACCCGCGAGCAGCAGGACAGCGGCGGCCGCGACUACGUCUGCUUGGGUAACGGGCCCUUUGGCGGGCUGGGCUACGGUUUCAACAACAGAAAGAUGAUCCGCGGUGCGACACUGAACGCCCGCGAUGGCGAGGAGACCGAAGGGUGCGCCCAGCCUGACGUCCUGUACCUCGCCGACGGCACUCAGUACAACUACACCGCCAUUGCCGAGGCUGGCCAGGCCACCGAGGAGCAUGUCUCACUCAUCGAGGCAGGCGCAUCGGCCGACGACAUCCCCAGCUUUAAUGCAUUCAAGCUCGACGAGAAGCUCGUUCUGUAAACAUCAGAAGUGACUUCAGGAGGCAUCCCGCUAUCAGGCCCUCCCCAAGCCUUGCUCAGAUAUCCUAUUGCGAGUGCUUCAGCUGUUUAUUCAGGUCACGAUGAGGCUUAGUGCUUGGUAUUGAGUUGGUUCAUACGUCCCUUACCCUGGAAUUUGUCCUUCUCUUGUGGGAAGGGGGUUUCUCUUUCUUUAUGUGCUCAGCUUGUCUGAGUAUACUUAAAUACGACUUUUGAAAAUUGCAGCAGUCUAAGAUUAGGUACCUAGAUUAUGAAAACAAGAC